AUGGGUCUUGGUACAGACCAGGAAGAGGAUAAUAAUAAACUUGGUAGACAUAAUAAGGUUGUUGAUGAAGGGGAUGGUCCAGGAACAAAGCCCUUUGGGUCUGUUUCUUGUUCAAUCUGCCUUGAGGUUGUUAUGGAUAAUGGAGAUAGAUCCUUGGCUAAGCUUAUUUGUGGACAUCAAUUUCAUCUUGAUUGUGUUGGUUCAGCAUUCAAUGUAAAAGGAGCAAUGCAAUGUCCUAACUGUCGGCAGAUUGAGAAAGGUCAAUGGCUUUAUGCUAACGGUUCUCGGUCAUAUCCAGAAUUCCCCAUCGAUGACUGGGCACAUGAUGAGGACAUAUAUGAUCUUAGCUACUCUGAAAUGUCCUUUGGAGUUCAUUGGUGUCCAUUUGGCAAUCUGGCGCGACUUCCAUCAUCUUUCGAGGAAGGCGAAUAUCCAUCCACUGCGUAUCCUGAUAUAAUCGGACAACACGCCGUAUUUGCUGAACAUACGGCUGUAUCAUCUGCUAGUCAUCCUUGCCCAUAUGUUGCCUACUUCGGACCAGUACAUCCAUCCUCCUCCAAUUCAGGUGGAACUGUAUCAGAAGCACCUAACUUCAACCAUUGGAACGGUUCAUCCAUGCCUGGUGAAAUGCCAGGCUCCUACGCAUUUCCUGCCGUGGAUCUUCAUUAUCACAAUUGGGAGCACCAUACCCCUCCUUUCUCUACGGCAAGCAGUCGUCUAGUUGCUUCUGAUCAGUCCUCGGUGUCACCCGCUAGUCAAAGGCCAGUCAGGGGUGGUUCAGAUGUACCGAGAUCAGGAUCUUUUAUGCAUCCCUUUCUUGUUGGUCACAGUUCUGCCGCGAGAGCGGGUAGCUCAAUCGGUUCCUCAAUGAUCCCUCCUUAUCCCGGUAGCAAUGCUCGUGCCCGUGAUAGAGUCCAGGCACUUCAAGCAUACUAUCAACCGCAACAACAUCCUAACUCAACCACAAUGCGGGCACCAGUUGCUUCUGGAACCCGACGAGCCAGCAGUCACAACGGUUCAACUCAGCUAGCACCAGUGGCCACAUCACCCGACCAAAGUGGUGGUUUCUUCCUUAUCCCAUCAACUUCAUCAGGACGUAAUUACCAAGAAGAAAACCAUCUACCAAGUCGCUUCCACGCUUGGGAAAGAGACCACUUGCCUUCAUUGUCGUUGAGUCAAGUGGAUAGAGAUUCAAGCUGGAGACCGUACCACCAAAAUGUGAACCGGUCAGACCCAAGUACGAGGUCAAGCAACUUUCGUUUAAGGCAUGGAUCAGAUAGAAUGCCUUCACAAAAUCGGUAA